AAGGAGUGUAAUGAUAGUUGACAGACUGCAAUCUUGUUCUGGAGAGAAAGCCAAUGAGGAGAGUAUGUUGUGCCGGGACCAAAGAAACGUUGAAGAAAAUAUUCCUUCCAUAAGGCAGGUUCCAUUCUUACUGAGUGAAUUUACAGUCCCUGUUCCCAUUUUCUCUUCAAAUAGUAAGAGAACUGAAGAUAUAGCGACAAUUGGUCUUUACCAGAAUCCGAAACGACAGUGUCCCUAUCUCCUUUUGAUAUACCUCAGAAAGUAGAUACAUCUCUUGCCGUCCCUACUGCAAAUCUUGCGUAUCAAAGCGAGCUUUUGGAGAAUUGUCGGAUACCAAGGCAUCGA